AUGGUGCACCUUGUUAUUGUUUUUAUUAUUUUGACGUUUUUUUCCCUCAUAAAUGCAGGAGUGCAGUCUGUUGGAGUAUGCUAUGGAAAAAAUGCCAACAAUUUACCAUCAGAGCAAGAUGUCAUAAAACUAUACAAUGCUAAUGGCAUUAAAAAAAUGAGAAUCUACUACCCAGAUCAAAACGUCUUUAAUGCUCUCAAAGGAAGUAACAUUGAAAUAAUUCUUGAUGUCCCAAAUCAAGAUCUUGAAGCCCUAACCAAUCCUUCAAGUGCCAAUGCUUGGGUCCAAGAUAAUAUAAGAAGUCAUUUUCCAGAUGUUAAAUUUAAAUAUAUAGCUGUUGGAAAUGAAGUUGAUCCCAGUACAAAUACCGGUCAAUAUGUGCGAUUUGUUGGUCCCGCGAUGGAGAACGUUUACAUCGCGUUAGUAGUAGCAGGGUUGCAAGAUCAAAUUAAGGUCUCAACCGCGACAUAUUCAGGGCUCUUAGCGAACACCUAUCCACCCAAAGAUGUUAUUUUCCGCGAAGAAUACAAAGACUUCAUUAAUCCCAUAAUCAGAUUUCUUACACAAAAUAACUUUCCACUCUUAGCCAAUAUUUACCCUUAUUUUGGCCAUACUAAUAACAUUGCUGACGUUCCACUAUCUUAUGCACUGUUCAAUCAACAAGAAAAAAAUUCUGCAGGAUAUCAAAAUCUUUUUGAUGCCCUUUUGGAUUCUAUGUAUUUUGCUAUAGAGAAACUUGGAGGACAAACAAUUGAGAUUAUUGUAUCAGAAAGUGGUUGGCCUUCUGCCGGACACACUGCAGCAACGAUAAAAAAUGCUCGGACUUAUUAUACGAAUUUGAUUAAUCAUGUAAGAGGAGAUGCAGGAACUCCAAAGAAACCUGGAAGGACCAUAGAAACUUAUUCGUUCGCAAUGUUUGACGAAAAUCAAAAGAUAGGACAAAUCAAUGUGCAACAUUUUGGACUCUUUUGUCUCCAUCAGAGGCCAAAGUAUCAACUCAAUUUCAAUUAAUAUAGCAUAUCU